CUGCUUCCCCAACACACAGGACAACCCCUUAGCGCGCAAGCGCACUUCUUGCUUAAGCGCCAAGGCGGGAUCGAGGCUCUUGUCUCGCGAGAGUGGGCCCGUCGGUCUUCGUUGCUCUCGCCCCACCCCCUCCUUCUCGCUCGCUCUCUCCCAUCCCCCCAAGCCAGUCGCUCUGCUGCGCAGCUCUCUUAGCGGUUGUCGCUGGUGGAGGCGGUUGGAAGAACCGUUGUGGCGAGUGCUACACGAGACGAGCGACUUCUUCCUCUUCCCGACCGGCCCCGCGAGCACCGGAGUCGGCGUUACUGUCGCCCGACAGGCAUUUAAAUCAAACGUUAUUGAGAUGGAUUGGGUUAUGAAACAUAAUGGUCCAAAUGACGCUAGUGAUGGGACAGUACGACUUCGUGGACUGCCAUUUGGUUGCAGCAAAGAGGAAAUAGUUCAGUUCUUUCAAGGGUUGGAAAUCGUGCCAAAUGGGAUAACAUUGACGAUGGACUACCAGGGGAGAAGCACAGGGGAGGCCUUCGUGCAGUUUGCUUCAAAGGAGAUAGCAGAAAAUGCUCUGGGGAAACACAAGGAAAGAAUAGGGCACAGGUAUAUUGAGAUCUUCAGAAGUAGCAGGAGUGAAAUCAAAGGAUUUUAUGAUCCACCAAGAAGAUUGCUGGGCCAGCGACCGGGACCAUAUGAUAGACCGAUAGGAGGAAGAGGGGGUUAUUAUGGAGCUGGGCGUGGAAGUAUGUAUGACAGAAUGCGACGAGGAGGUGAUGGAUAUGAUGGUGGUUAUGGAGGUUUUGAUGACUAUGGUGGCUAUAAUAAUUAUGGCUAUGGAAAUGAUGGCUUUGAUGACAGAAUGAGAGAUGGAAGAGGUAUGGGAGGACAUGGCUAUGGUGGAGCUGGUGAUGCAAGUUCAGGUUUUCAUGGUGGUCAUUUUGUACAUAUGAGAGGAUUACCUUUUCGUGCAACUGAAAAUGACAUUGCUAAUUUCUUCUCACCACUAAAUCCCAUACGAGUGCAUAUUGAUAUCGGAGCUGAUGGCAGAGCAACAGGAGAGGCAGACGUAGAAUUUGUGACACAUGAAGAUGCUGUAGCUGCCAUGUCUAAAGAUAAGAAUAACAUGCAACAUCGGUACAUUGAACUCUUCCUGAAUUCUACUCCUGGAGGCGGUUCUGGAAUGGGAGGUUCUGGAAUGGGUGGCUACGGCAGAGAUGGAAUGGAUAAUCAGGGAGGUUAUGGAUCUGUUGGAAGAAUGGGAAUGGGUAACAAUUACAGUGGAGGAUAUGGUACUCCUGAUGGCUUGGGUGGUUAUGGCCGUGGUGGUGGAGGCAGUGGCGGUUACUAUGGGCAAGGUGGCAUGAGUGGAGGUGGAUGGCGUGGCAUGUAUUAAAGCAUAACCACCAACAUAAAAGUCCUGACAACAGCGUCUGGUCUACUAGACUUUCUUACAGAUUUAAUUUCUUUUGUAUUUUAAGAACUUUAUAAUGACUGAAGGAAUGUGUUUUCAAAAUAUUAUUUGGUAAAGCAACAGAUUGUGAUGGGAAAAUCUGUUUUCUGUAGGUUUUAUUUGUUGCAUACUUUGACUUAAAAAUAAAUUUUUAUAUUCAAACCACUGAUGUUGAUACUUUUUAUAUACUAGUUACUCCCAAAAGAUGUGCUGCUUUCAUAAGAUUUGGGUUGAUGUAUUUUACUAUUAGCUCUACAAGAAGUAGUGUAGUGCAAUUUUAGAGGACAGUGGUUCACCUUUGCAUAAACUACAAGUCUUAUUAAUAAGCAGACAUCUGGAAUAGAACUUGGAAAAUAGUGUAACUUUUUUUUCUCC